CAAGAUGCCCGUCGUCGGACUCAACGACCUCAAGGAUGAGGGCACCGAGAAGGAGGACGCCGAGCGGCAGGCCUACUACGCCGGCGGCCAGGGCCGCGGCGGAGGCGGCUCGGGGCAGGAGGUGCUCGACCCUCGCGAUCUGAUGAAGCGCGCGCGCGACGAGAUGGGCGCGGAGACGGAGGGCGAGUGGCGCGCCAACCAGCCGAGCGGCGCGGUCGCCUUUGCCGGCGCGGGCCAGUCGCUCGACGGCGCCACCUCGGUCCCCGGCGCGGCGCUGCCCGCGCGCCCGACAGAGCACACGAUCACCUUCUGGUCAAACGGCUUCUCCGUGGACGACGGUCCGCUGCGCGACACCUCCGACCCCGCCAACGCCUCCUUCAUGAGGGACAUCAACGAGGGGCGGCUUCCGUCGGAGCUCUCCGCCGAGGAGGGUGCCGAGUCGGACGUGCACCUCAUCGACAAGUCUGGCGAGCCGUACAAGCCCCCGCCCGCCACGCUCAAGCCCUUCGGCGGCGAGGGACGCACGAUGCGCGACGAGGCCUCCUCCUCCUCCUCAGCGGCGCCGCCGCCCGAGGCCGCGGAGCUGGUGCUGGACGAGUCGCAGCCCACGACGACGCUGCAGGUCCGUCUGCACGACGGCUCGCGGAAGCUCGUCAAGGCGAACCACUCCCACACCGUGGCGCAGCUGCAGGCGCACGUCGCCGCGCUCACGCCCGGCGUGUCCUUUGAGCUGCGCGGCGGCUUCCCGCCCAAACCGCUCACCCCGUCCGCCGACAAGACGCUCAAGGAGGCGGGCCUCCUCUCCGAGUCGAUCGUGCAGAGCACUUGUUAGAGGGCGGGCGACAUCGCCCGAGCCAGAGGGGGCUCCUGGCGCCGUCGGCGAGGAAUACGAGGGCGUGCUGCGGCGCAUUGACCUCUCCUCCUGGCCCGCGCCCUUCCUCCGCGCCGCACGCAGCGAGACGGUGAGAGGCCAUGGCCGGUUGGCCGUCUGAAGGGGUCGCGGGGAGAUGUGCGGUGUCGGGGGUCGCGCCGAGAGAGCGCGGCGAUGCGUGCUACCAACGCUUGCCAUGCGCGAACGCUGUCGGCGCCCCUGGCCUCGCAAGAGGUCUAUACUAUGUGUGGCUGUGGUGUUAAGGUGUCAUGCGGUUGGCCAGGAUGGUUUGUGUGUAUCGCGCGCCUUGCGGGCUCCGCUGCUUAAAAUGUUUGACGACUUCGAACCCGUG